CGUCACAGGCAAGGGCCGCCAUUUUGACUGAGAAACCCUAGUGACAGGAGCCGAAGAAGCAGCGCAGGUUGUCCCCGUUUCCCCUCCCCCUUCCCUUCUCCGGUUGACUUCCCGGGCCCCCUAUACUCCACAGUCCUGGUCCCGCCAUGUCCCAGAAACAAGAAGAGGAGAACCCUGCGGAGGAGACCGGCGAGGAGAAGCAGGACACACAGGAGAAAGAAGGUAUUCUCCCUGAGAGAGCCGAGGAGGCAAAGCUAAAGGCCAAAUAUCCAAGCCUAGGACAAAAGCCUGGAGGCUCUGACUUCCUCAUGAAGAGACUCCAGAAAGGGCAAAAAUACUUUGACUCAGGAGACUACAACAUGGCCAAAGCCAAGAUGAAGAAUAAGCAGCUGCCAAGUGCAGGACCAGACAAGAACCUCGUGACUGGCGACCACAUCCCCACCCCACAGGAUCUUCCCCAGAGAAAGUCCUCUCUCGUCACCAGCAAGCUUGCGGGUGGCCAAGUUGAAUGAUGUUGCCCGGGGCUCCGCCAGAUCCUGAGACGCUGCCCUCCUGGGUCCUGUGCUGGCUCCUCCCCCUCCCUGCUUUUGCAGCCAGGGGUCAGGAGGUGGCUCGGGUGCGGGCUGGAGAGGCAGAAGCCCCUGCCCGUCGGUGUCCCAGCGCAUGGAGCCCCUUGGGCUGAGCACCAAGACCCUGAACCUUUUUUGUUUUACCUUUUUCCAAAUAACUGUUGGGAGAAAUCUCAGUGAAAUCCUAGCGGGGAUGGGAGGGGGUGGGGGGGGUGUGGGUGUGGUGUUUAAGAGGGUGGGGUGGGAAAUUUGUGGGGGAUAUGAAAUAGGGCUUGGAGUUGAUAAAAACAUUCCUGACUAUCCUUCCUAACCAUGUGGCUGGUGUGGGAUGGGUGUGAGGGGGAGGAAUGGCAUAGACUCCAGAUGAGUUCUAAUUCAGCUCUGUAGAAAAAUGCCUUGUUUGCUUGGAUGUGGCUGGGGAUCUGGUGUCAGAUUAAAAAAAAAACAAACUCCAUCUGUAUAUGACAGAUGGAAACAGCUCCUCUGGUUCUGCAGAGCAAGCUGAGAACACAGUUAAUGUUAAUUGUUCACUGAAAAAAAAGUGCUGUCCUUGAAAUAGAUUUGCUGUGGGGAGAAGGGCAGUGAGUGUGGGGAAAGGGGGCCAUGAGCGUGGGGAGCCCCACAGAGCCCAGGAGACUUUUUCAGUAUUUGAAAUAAAAAAAAAAAAAAAAAAUGACGACCCACAAAAAAACACAACCCAGAAAUAUUCUGAAGCAGUUGGUGUGUUUUAUUGGGGUUUGGGGAAAGGGAAGAAAAUGAAAAUAAGACACCAUUCAGGGGAGAAGCUGGUGUGGGGCCUUGAGUUCUAAGGAAUAGGGGCCCUUAAUAUGGGAUAUGACUGGGCUCCCUGCUUCCAUCACUUGGGGAGAGGGAAUUAGGGAUGUUAGCAUAUAGAUCUGGACUUUUCCUGACUCCUCUCUGUCCUUUUGUUUCUGUAGCUAAUGUAGAAGAUGCAUCAGCCUCAGGUUUUGGCUCACAAAAUGAAGGAUUUGAUCUAAAUAGUUUAUAAUACCUAGAGCUUAGUUCAGGCUAAGCAAAAAAGAAAAGCCCACUCUCCCUUUUCCCUUUUCAGUCUUCCAUUCUUUCAUAAGUUCUGUCUGUGAAGGAGAAAUGUGACCUCUAGUAAUAAGCCCAAAGGAACUCAAGCCUUUCUGCUUGUGGCCAGUGUGGGGCUGAGUGACUCCUUUCCUCACCACUUCCCAAGCAUGGCCAGAAUCCUGCCACUUUAAGAAUUUAAAAACUGCUUAUGAAUGUAUUGUAGAAAAGAAAGAUACCAAAAAACUCACCUCUGUCUCCCUGACACACACAACAUUCACAUGUGGUAGUCUACUUGCCCAUUUUACCCAGCUUUGAGUAGGAGAGUAUAUUAUAUUUUCCCAAAUGUGAUUGGCUUCUCAAAUGAGUGUGCACCAGGGAAGAUAAACAAGGUCCAGUAGGCCUAGAUAUUCCAGACAACUCUUGAGCUCACUGAGGGGGGAAGGAUACUUCCAAACCGGACUAGGAAUGUUGUUCUCAGCAUCUAACUCAUUCUUUCUCCCUAAUCAGAAGUUUUCCAAAUAUGUUCAGCUACUCAGGAUGUUACUGACUUGUUCUCUCCUGAUUUAGCCAGGGGAUUGUGAUGCCUCCCAACCGUUGGCCUUUCUGAGUAAGCUAGUGAUAUGGAGAUGCAUUAAAAACAUUCCCUGCCUUU